GUGUUACUCUGGAGUGUGCGUCAGUUGUUCCGCUGGAGCACACUGCUGGAGAAGACGACAUGUAUUGACCAGAGAAGGCAUGGAUGGGGUCGGUUGUGAAUCUACAGGCACGGGGGUCUGGUCAAUACCUCACUGAAAUGGACACUAGUUUCAAGGUCCAUUCAUCCUCAUGAGAAGACCACUGACCACUCAUUCUGGGAACAUUCAUGUGAGGCCAAUUGGUCAGCCUGACCGUAUUAAAGUGGACUUCGACGACCGGAGACAGGAUGGACGCUAAGGACAACGUCACUCGGCUGACAUUUGGACGUCACGAAUUCUUGACCAUCCAACCAGAAAUUGCGAUUCCGAUUCUGUUUAUACUUGGACUUGCCACACUUGCAGGAACCUUGGGGAAUGGUUUGAUUCUGGUAUCCGUGGCAACGAGGAAGUCUCUCCACAACGUGGAGUCCAUCUUCAUAGUCAACCUGGCCUGCUCCGACCUGUAUGUGACGGCGCUAGCGGAUCCAAUGAGCAUCAUAGCAAAACUGGAGGGCUCCGAUUUCUUCGACCGUAUCCCAGGACUGUGUCGUGUCAUAGGCUCGUUGUGCACGAUGUCGUGUGUGGCGUCUCUCAUGACCAUCGCCGCCAUGAGCUGCAACAGAUACGUCUUCAUCGUCCACCACAGUCACUACAAAUCCAUCUUCAGCACCCGCAACUGCGUCAUCUACUGCGUGCUAUUUUAUUGUGUCGGCAUGUGUCUCGUCCUCCUCAACCUCGCCGACAUUGGCGGCCAUUCCUUCGACCACAAGAGCCUUGAGUGUAUUUGGGAGCGCAUGGCGACGUACCCAUACACCGUUGUAUUCUCCGUCGUCAUGGUGUGGAUCCCGAUCGGCGUCACAGGGAUAUCCUAUCUGCGUAUUUACCAACACGUGCGAGCUGUCCGUUCACGGGUACAUAAUGCACGUGCAACCCACCCCGGAUCAACAGAUAAAUCAACUGAUCGAACUCCAGACUUCAAGCUCGCAAAGACACUGUUUAUCAUUUACAUCGUGUUUUCCGUGUGCUGGAUACCGUACGCCUUACUGAUCGUCUUGGACUCACGUGACACCUUCCAGCACGAGCUGCACGUGUUUAUCGUGGUGUUCGCUCACCUCCACCCGUCCAUCAACUGGCUCGUGUAUUACGCCACGAACAGGAAGUUCCACAGCGCAUUCAUCGAAAUCCUUGGCCUCAACAAAUGUGUUUCUGUACAACGUCAAGCUACUCUUUCAACGACCAUGCAGCCCCCACAAGGCAGUCACGGCAACGGGAGAACUGACAUUGCGGUAGUUACCUCCAGAAACAUGACGCCAUAGUAAAGUUGAAUAAAGGAUGAAUUAUCACCAUUUUGUGAGAAUGUCAACGAUGAUCAGAAUUCAGAUCCACAUUGAACAGAUCCAGCCGGGACAAAUAUUACCCGUGAAAAUGUAUCUCGUCCAGUGAACAUCACAGUGAAAUUGAGCUCACGCAUGUGGAUUCGAAGAAAUAACUUGUAUAUUUAAGCUCGACAUGAUGAAAUUUAUAUAUGAGGUCCCUGCCGUGAUAUUGCUGGUGUAUUGCAAUACGCGUCGUAAAACCAUACUCAUUCACU